AUGACUUCAUCCGGGUCCUCCCGAGAUCUCUUCAGAGCUCUCAACAGCUUCAUCCAGACGCCAACCCUUCCCCCGCCCGCCGACCUCGAUGCCAUAAUCUCCAGUUAUCUCGAAAGGCACGACAAGCCCGAGGAGGGAUCGGGCGACCGACUGAACGAUGAAUUGCUUGCUAUAUGGGACAAGGCGGUGCAGGACCAUCCCGAGAAGUACGCAGCCUUUGUGGCUGUUCUGCGCCAGCUGCGACCCGGUCUCGGGGCGCCUGCAAGGACAUUCCAAUGGUGGGAUAAGCUCCUCGACCCGGUCUUGGACAAUGCCACCCGCGAGAAGGGUUUGGCGCGGAGCUUUAUGGACUUCACGCUGGAGAUUUUGUCCUCGAGCGAGUACGAUGACCCCGAGGCCUGGGGCGAGGAGGGCUUUAUACCCUGGUUGAAUCGGCUGCUCGUUCGUUGGAUGGAGUUGCGCGAGUCUCGGGCCGAUUUUCGCCCGUCGACCGACCUCAAGGAGCAGGUUCUUACGGACGCUCUUUUGGCCUUUGGAAAAAAGGACCCAAAGGGCUUCAUGAAUGCUCUGAAUGCCUUCGUGCUAAGGAGGGAGCACCGUAAUUCGGCAUUCAGCCUUUUAUGUGCCUUCGUCAACAGCGGGCCACCGCAUCUCUACCUUAUCUUGCAGACGCCCCUUUUCGGUAACAUCCUACAGUCGCUGCAAAAAGAUGAAUCGACAUUUACCGUCAACUUGGCCCUCAUUGCUCUCGUCAUGCUUUUGCCUUUCUUCCCGGGAGAUAUAGUCCCGUACCUGCCUACUUUGUUCAACAUCUAUGCUCGACUGCUAUUCUGGGACCGCGAUUCCUAUUUCGCUCAGCAGCACACGGAGAUGGGAGAGAACCAUGGCGAGUCCGGCACCGACACUCCUUGGGAUAAAGUACUCCUUGAUCCUGAUUACGAUGGCCACUCGGUACCCUAUCUCCCAGAAUACUUUACAAUCCUUUACGGAUUGUAUCCCAUCAACUUUGUCGACUACAUCCGGAAACCUCACAAUUACUUGCCCCAUGCCGGCAGCGACGAUGACAUCGACGUGCAUGCAGCGGAAAUUCGGGAACGGUCCGAACGCUUCCGGAAGCAGCAUCUUUUGCACCCAAACUUCUACGAGUACACAAUCGAGACCGAGAAAACGAACAUAACCCGCUGGCUUAAGAGCGAGGCGGAUGAAAUCAUUGCCGACUGCAUGGCCUUGGUGGUGGAUCGGGGCCAGGGCAGGUUUCCCCAUGCUCGGUCAGGCACACCGGCUCCCCCAGAAGGCUUGCUGGAUGACGAUUUGGAUCAAGAUGGAGGUGAACUUGCUCUGCUUGGCGAUCCAGAGUGUGACGAUCUGACUUAUAACAAAGCACUUUCCUCUAAAUCUCUGUCACAUAGCCAUGGCAAUAGCACACCAGGGCGCCCAGAAUCCCAGCUGAGCUACUUCUCAGGGGUGGCAAAUGAUAGCCCGUCUCCGUCGCCGAUUCCUGAGCAGCUUCCUCGGGAAACGGCUCAAGGUGCGAAAGAGGCCUUGCGGCAGUCCUUAACUAGUGACAGCAUUCCAUCACUAGCCUUUGGCACGCAAGAUCAAGGGAUGGAAAAGAGUCGCGAGUAUCCGUCAACUUCGAGACGAGGAACAACGGCAGAUGAAAGCAGACCAGGCGUGGAGAUCAUCGAACAAGUCUCCUUGCUACGUUACCAGAGACAUCGACUGCUAAAUGACCUGCAGUACGAACGAUUCGUCCGACAACAACAUAUGUCACACAUGGGUGAGCUACGACGCAGGCAGAUCCGGGUCUCGGCGACCGAAGCUGAGACGCAGAACCUGAUGAUGGCCAACCGCAGCUUGCGACAACGGCUCGACGAGGCCAAGAGGGGAGAAGCAAAGAUCAAGAAGGAGUUUGAUCAGCGUCGUAACAUGGCCCUGAAGCGGGAGGCUGACCUGUCCAACAAACUUCGGGCGCUGCGAGAAGAGCAGAAAAAGUGGGCGGUCGAAAGUCGUGAUCUCAAGCAGCAGCUGGAAAAGACAAAGAAGGAGUGUGCAAGCCUGCGGCAGAUUAUUGAGGAGUACGAGAAGCAACGGCUUGAGUCGGAACAAAACAUGGAGGCAAUUGAUAUCAGCACGGCAACAAUCGAGAAGCUCAAGGGUGAAAUCGCCCGGCUAACUGCGGUCGAGCGCGAGUUCCAGGGCAAGGAGCAGCGCAUGGAGAUUGCUCUCCAGGAAGCUGCCGCGACGCAGGCACGUGCAGAACAGCUGAAGAUGGAGCUUACUGCAAAGGAACAGCAGAUGCACGAGGCACACGAACGAUACCUAGCACAGAUCAAUGAGCUACGACAGCAGUUGACGCAGGCAAGGAGUAAGGAGGGGGGGGCCAGCAGAAGGCGGUUGGCGAGGUGGCGGCACAUUUUGAGAAGCAGCUCGCAGCAGAAAGGCAAAAGUAUUCCGAGCUGA